GUGCAAUUAGAUAUGGCGCAUUGAUCUAGCCUAUUAGUGAAGAUUUGUGUUUAUUUUGUGAAAAAUUGCUUGUGACGUGAUAUGUUUAUAUUGUUCGUGGCUUAGUUUGUAUUAAAGUUGAUAUAUUUUGAAUAGUGUUUUUUUGAGGGACAAUGAAAUAUAUAACUACAAUGGGGAUUAACAAAAAACGAUUUCAAUACUAAAUAACACCUACUAAACAUUCCUAAUUAUUUCCCUACAAAGAUGAUCGGACAGCAACUUUAAUCAUGUUCCUAAACAACGAGAGCCUGCAAGCAAUUGUGUGGCCACCGGUUAGAGAAAAAGUCUCUAUAAAUCCUCAAGCGGCUCCUCAACAAUUUAUUUGUUAAUCAUAUUAUGAAGUACCCUCAAGUGGUGUCAAUGCCUUCGGCAGUCUCUAAUUGGCUAGAUGAACAGUUGGAAGCUCGUGGUAUCGAUGCAGUUGUAUACACUCGUUACAUCCUAAGUUUAUUACAUUCGCACACAGUUGACGUCUUGUAUCCAGAGGACGAUUUCCAGUUUACCCAUUCUCACUCCAAAAAAGAAGUGAGAAAAUUCAACAGAGGCUACACAGGAUCUCACAGAUCCUCUGCAGAUUGGUGGAGACAUGCACAUGUUGAAGCUGAGCGCAUCAAACGUUCAGCUGCCGUUGAGUGUCUUUUGUCUGCCUCCGAACAGAAUUGUGGAAUUGAAUCCUUGGUUGAUGAACUCUGUGACCGAAUAAAGAACGUGAAUACUUCAGAGGAGAAUAUUGAACAAACGGAAAACUCAACUCCUGAAGAAAUCAAUGAAAAAUUGACUCCUCAGGAGCAAGCUCAAAAGUAUUUUGCUGCCUUUCCCCCUCUAAGUUCUUUUUCACCUAUUGAUAAUAGAUUUCUUGCGGAACGCCGGAGGAGGAAAACACUUUGUGCAUCUCCUAUUAGGAAAAACUCUACCAAGUCCGCUAAAGAAAUCACCUCUAUCAGUAGAGUUCUUUUUAAGGAAACUAACGACACUAUGAGAGCUCGUUGUCAGGUUAAGCAACGACUCAGCUGUCUGGGACGUAACAAAAAUAUGAAGUCUAAUACUAUCACCAACUGGGAUCUUACUCUCCUCUCAAAUAACAACUUGAUAAACUACACAGGUCUAAAACAAAAAGAGGAUUCUCCUGCAAGUAAAGAUUCUGAUAGUUGUGUUAAUGAAUCUGAAGAUUUAUACGAAGAAGACAACAUAUUUAAUGAUCUACCUGUGGAUAUAAUCAAUCUUCUGGAUUCUCCACGACCACACGAUCAAAGAGUAGAGAUUAUGAACAUCGCUAAUAUGAGAGACACCGGGAAAAGGAAUUUUAUACCGUACGGACCGGGGAUAAUAUCCUCGAUCUGGUCUAACGACGAACAAGAUAUUAUUUUCGAAAACAAUUAUAAUUCAUCUAUCGACGCCUCUUUCACUAUUGUAAACGCAGAUAGAUGUAGACGCAAACUAUUCAAUGAUAAACCUGGUAUUUUGGCCGAAGAUGGUAUCGCCGAUGAGGAAAAUAGAGAUAUGGUAGAAAAUAGAAUAAAUUUCGAAGCUGACCAAAGAUUAGCUUUCAGUCUCAUGAAGCUGAAUCAUAACAAGGAAACAAGUGGCUUUAGAGAGGUACCACCGGGCUCUUUGUGCCAGCUAAAACCCUUGAAUCCAAUUGCGAAACCAUCAAAAGCGCUUGGCACAAAUUUCAUCAACCAUGGAGACAAUUCUGAGGAUUUGUUAAAUUCUGAAAAAUCCUAUUUUAAGCCAAUUUCUGAAAAAACGGACAGCGAAUUAUCACAACCCACAAAAUAUGCGGAUGGUUCUACUUUUGCUAUUUCCAAUAAAUUUGAAAAGAUCAACUACAAAAAAACUGAGAGUGGCACCAUGUUUUUAGAAAAUGAAUUAGGGGAACGUAAGAGAUAUUUUGAAUACAAACCACCUCAUGCCAGACGUCCAAUAGAUGAAUUCAUUCUAAGGUAUAACAUUUCUGAAAACAACAAGGCAUGUCAAACAGAGGAACGUGCUUUGGAUGAAGAAGUCGCAAUGUAUAGUUUGUUUGGGGAAAUGAAGUAUUCUCCACUUUCUCAGCUCAAAAAUUGCAAUAAAGAUGAAACUUACUCACUUGAUCGCUGCACCUGUCCCGGUAAUAUGAAGUCUGCUUUGAAUAAGGAAAAUUCUAGUGUAUGUCCUAUACAUGUCGUCCAACGUCCGGAAAGUAUUUUCAAUAAAGAUGUUUGGAAAUACGAGGAUUACAUGUGCGAAAAUUGUCGAAUGAAUAAAACUAGUAGCAACAAUGAUUGGCCUAUGGGUAACAAAAAACAGUUGAUGGAUUGGGAUGAUAAACUAAGAAGUAUUUGGGAUGGCGAAGAUGUGUGUCAAAAAUGUUUGAAAGAAAUCAGGUCUAACUUACCAAGUCCUGCUUCAAAUCAACAACUUCGCGAAGAUAUCAGCCAGGAUGGAGAACAACUCCUCUCAGAUAUUAGUACAAUUCAGCAAUCCCACAUUGACUGUUUACCUGAAAGUGAACAAUCAUUCGAUAUUUCGGCACUGAUUUCACAAGAAGGCAAUCGAGAACUUUCGCUAUUUGUUGAUUGCAAUGGAUACUCAUCUUUGGAUGAAUAUUACAUCAUGAAGCACAUGAUGGCCUCUGGUCUCGCGGCUGCCACUGUAUGAGAAAA